AGAAGGCACUUUGACUUGUUAAAUUGUCCAAUUUGCCCUCAAUCUUAUUUUCUCUUUCUCUUUAGCAAUAUUUCUUUUAUUCUUCACCAUCUCUUUUACGAAAACUUCUCUUGUUCCUCUCUCUAUUUUUCCAGAAUCAAAAUCAAAUAUUAUAGGACAACUUCAAUAUUCAAAAUUCAAAUUUAAAUCUUAUAAGGUUUAUCAUCAUCUUCCCUAUCUCUCAACAAUCUAACAGUGUCAAUAAACUACACUAUCUUUGAUUACCAAACCCUACUACGCCUCCUCCGUAACUUCCAGCGUCACCUCCUCCUUAGCCACCUCCCUCACGGCCACCACCACCGUAUCUUUUUCCACCACAACCUCCACCAGAUCUGUAACCUCUGCUAUGUCUCUCGUAACCACCACCUCCUCCGUAUACAUUACCGCCUCCCUUGCGAUAUCUGCCACCACCUCCGUCACAUGCUUCUCCACCGCCUUGAGCAAAUGGGUGGCUCUGUUUGCAGAGACCUCCACCUUCAAGACCUUACGGACAUGAAACUUUGGUCUCUUUACAAACCACGGUUAAUCAAAUCUCCUGUUAUUAUGGACAUGAGACCUCCACCUCCAAGACCUUGUGGACAGUUGCAGAGAGCUCCACCUCCAAGACCUUAUGGAUAUAGAACUUUUACCAAAUUUCUGAGAUAA